CUCAACCUCAGAUGAAAUAACCGAUAAACAGCAAUCCAAUCUCCAUCAAAUUCCUACCUACUCCUACCCACUUACCAGCAAUCUACAUGGACCAUUGUUUAUCUGAUGAUGUCAGGUUAAAAGCAGAGUAAACUCUUGUCUCAUUUACACACAAUAAUCGUCUUUUUAGUAAUGAAAACGUCUGGUUAGGAAAUAGGUUAAUUUCAAUCCAAUUCGGGUAACAAAAAGAAGAAAAAAGCAAUCAGUGAGUGACUCGUGAUGAGCGGGUGGUGUUUCUGUUCCUUGUGGAUGAUAACAAGAUGGAAGGAUUCUCCACAAUCGAUGGCUUUGUGAAUGUGAACGAAGGCGUGGUAGAUAUGUUGAAGUAUUUGGCAAAUGAACCUUCUGUUGGUCUUUAUUACGUCCAACAACAUACCCACACCGCCCUUCCUAAUCUUCUCCAUCUCAAUGGAAAAGUUGUGAGCAAGUCUUACGAAACUAUGCUUUAUACAGAAGAUUUGGAAGACUCUAUUACUAUGGUGAGGUCAAUGAAACAAUGUGGAUUGUCAAUUGCCGAUGAUAUGGUUAAGGAGAUCAAUAAGUCUCUAAUUGUCAUGUCGACAUCACACCCACGGCGAGGGUUAAUCAGCAACUCGAGUUCAGCAUCUCAGACAAGUAGAAGCAUCAACUCUUGGGGACCCGUGGCUUUUGGGUCUGGAGCAGUUGGCAACCCGCAAGAUGGAGAAGGAAGUGCUAGUUAUUUGUCAAGUGUUCUGAAGUCGGCAAAAGAGAAGCUACGGUUUCCUAAUCCUCCACUCUCUGAAGAGGUAUCAGCUACAGCAUAUGUUUCAACAUUGCCUGAUAAAGAAGCAGCUGAAGAGCUCCCAUUGUCAAGUCAGAUUGCAGAGCAGCAGCAUGAAAGACCAGUACCCUAUGAUGGAGACUCACCCCCUCAUGAAUUAUCUUUGCUUACAGAAAACUACGAGGAGUUCAAAGCUGAUAGAGAAGCAAAACUACAAGAAUGGUUGCAGGAGGAAUGAGAGGCUGAAUGCGCGAAGGAAAUUAAACGCACAAGGGUAACAAAGAAAGAGUUGACAUGGAAGGACAGUGAGUGUUAUAUAUUGGCUUGUGGCUGAUUGACAGUGAGCAUCCAUGUAGGAUCAGAUGGGUAUGCUGAGUGCUUUAGCGAUGCUUUCCAGUCCCAAAUUUCACUCUUUUGUGCUGACAAGGCUAUGGUGAGGUGGGUCCACAGACUGUUAAUGGGAUUAUGAUUAUUUUCUUGAUUAAAGAGAACAGUAUGGUUAUCAUUUUUUUUUCCUCAAGAGAACAGUAUAUUUGUGUUUGUGAAUGCCCCAGCACUUCUGAGAUUAUACUACUGUGCUAUUAUUGUUCUUUAUUUCGCGAAGACAUCCUUAAUCAUACAUGGUAACUAAUUUUCCUAAAAUAAUGGAAUAAAAACUUUUCGAGAUUG